CGCGAAUCCCACAUCCCUUUCUCCUCUUCACCGUCCACGUCACAUCCCGCUCAAGCUAGCGCCUCACCAGCUAGGAGAAGCGGAUUGAUGACUCGAAUUUUUGGUUCUAGCCGAGAUAAAGAAAUUGCCCGUCCACUGAACCCUAUCGUCACUCUCGAAGGGUCAAUCACGCAAAGUGCAUGGGCUGGAAUAAGUCGUAGCAGUCCAAUGAAGACUCGCAUCAAAACAUUAUUGCAGCUGCAGGAUGUUCUCAAAUCGCGGACACUACAAGUGUCUUCUUUGGAAGGUAUCUGGCUUGAUUGUAAUGACAUGCUGAACGAUCCAGACACGAAAACACCCACAUUGAGAGUUUUGAUAGAAAUGACUGAAACGCAAUAUACGCAACUCGGACUAGCAUUGAAGCAUACCUUCUUCACGGCUAUCCAAGGCAUGGGUUGUGAAGAACUCAGUCUCAAGUGGCUUAAUGUAUUGAGUGAGUAUGGAAAGACGAUCACAGGUUUUGAAAAGGAUAUAGAUGUGCUUGUCGCUAAAUGGACGGAGGAAACUCUGUUCGCUAAGGAUCACCCUCAAGCGCUUCUUGUUCUGCAACUUGCUCAGCAUCUCAUACAACAUAACUCAGCGUUUAUCGGUGAAGAAAACAUGAAAGCUAUAGUGCAUGCUGUCUGUGUUAGAGCUUGUAAAACUAUGGAUCCACUUAUAUCUCAUUGCCUGGACGUCCUAGACAAUGUUUUAAAAUAUGGUGACCUACCUCCUUCUGAACUGAUGGCUGUAGUAGCUACACUCUGCGUUCUUGUUUGUGAGAGCAGAUUCAGAGAACAGGCUUGGUCACUUGCCAGAGCUCUCCUUACUUCACAAAUGGGACAGAGGACGCGAAAAGCUCUCCUUUCAAUACUCAAUGGUACUGGAACGGGCCAACGACCUCACGGAGAACGACGCGCUAAUGAUGAACCAAAUGAGAAGAAAAUGAAGCGUAUGCUGCGUGGCGCAAUUUUUUGCCUUGCAAAUGCAAAUUGGGGAACAGCGCAAGUUGAUGCUGUACGUUGCUCGCCUGCUAGCAUAAUAGAACCUAUGAGAACUGCCAUCCAGGUCGAUGAGACAAUUUGUUAUGACGUACUUUUCGAUAUUCGUCGGUUAAUCCAGAAAUACGGUCGUGAUUUACAACAUAUGACUUGGAUUAAACUAGUCGAAUUGUUUGAAACUGUAAUCGACCUAUGUGAGCAGAGAUCUGAAUAUGCCAAGACUUGCGAAAACUCACUUCACCAAAUCCUUCUUCUUACUGAACAACUUUACUCAGAUGGGCAUUUUGGAGCACCGCCUGAUUUGCUUUAUGAUCUUAUUGAGAAAUGUGCUGAUAGGCGUCCCGACACAUCGGUUGUGAAAUUGAUACAAUACAGAUCGAUGAACUUGACACCUUUAACACCUAAUUGGAUCCCUAGCAUGUUGCAGCUAGUUCGAAGAUAUUCUCAUGAAUCACAGCGACCGGAGAGAAGGAGCAAAGUUUGUCGACUUGUUCUUUAA